AACUUGUUUCUUCAAAUACCAUUCUAAAAUGAUCAAUGCAAAGAAAUUAAAAUUUGUACGUGGCUUGUUGUUCAAAUUUUAAAUUCGACGUGCUCAUCCCUUAGUAUGCAGGUUGGAGAAUGGCCACACCUUAGUCAAUAGGUUAAUAAUUAAUUAAAGAACACUCAUCCAAAGAAAGAUUUGUAUGCAGAUAUUUUUAUGUAGAUUUUUCGUAUAUUUGAAUAAUUUUAUUGACGCUGUGUAUCUUAUAAUACGAAUAUUUCACUACAUAUUUAUUAUCAUAAUUGGCUGGUAUCAUUGGCAACCCUCGUGGGUGAUAAGUGUGAAUUAAUAUUGAGUCAGACACCCCCGCACACACGUUCUUAUACGUCGUCGUGAUAUUGAGCAAGAUCAUGUUGCAGUGACUUGUUGCAUGAAACCAAUUCAAACAAAAAUGUUCAUAAUUUGAUACAAGACUCACACAUGGGAAAGAAUGACCAAGCAACAAUUCGGUAACAAAGGAUUGGUGUCCAAAGCUGAGGAUACUUCUGACACGUCCAUUGGGAAUUCCUAUGAUCUUACGACUGAUAAUGUAAAAUAUUUGGAAGGAAAAGUAAAACAUGGAUCUGGUAAUACUUUGGACUCUGAAAAAUCUAGAAAAUCAGUCCGAUUUAGAGAUGGUCGUAAAGGAGAUGAUGAAGAGGUUAAUAUAGAUUCAAAUGGGGAUUUGGGGAAAGGACUGGUGGAUGUGGCUUAUUUUGCUACUCUCAUGAACAAACAGGAGCCGUGGGUGGACCGAAACUUUUUAGCCGGAUUCCGAGACAUUUUCAGUGCUGGAGAAGUGUGGGUGCAAGAGGUCCAAUGCAUACCUUGUGGGUUGGACACUUCAUUUAAAAUAAGCACACGAGAUGACAAGACUCCACUAUUUUACGCCAGGAAAUCCCAGCGUGCUUUCCCAACGUGGUUCAAAUCUCUCUUUUGUAGCUAUUUCUCCUGCUUUAGGAAUGGUUUCAAAGUAAAAAUCUUCAACCUCACGGGAACUCAACUUGUUACAUUUGUCCGGAAAACACAUAUAUGUGCUUCACAGCUAGAUAUAGUAGAAACAUAUUACGGGAAGGAGGAAAUGUAUGUGGGGAGAGUGGAGCGAAGUGCACACGGCUAUGUUCUGAAAGACAAGUUCCAGGAUGAUGUUUAUCGUGUGAUGAGAAUUCCCAAGAACAGAAAUAGUUUGAAAAAGAUGAGCCGAAUGUCGCUAGAGUUAUCAAAAGGACUAGUUCCCACAGAAAACCCUAAGGUUGGAUGUUUUUCUUCUGGAAAUCAGGAGAUGAAAAUCUUUAGAACCGAUACAAAGGAAAUUAUUGGCAGAAUCGAAUACAUGAAAAGAGGCAGAGGCCUACGCUUCCUUUCCGGAUGCAUCGCUCAAUCUAAAAUUGGGUUUGUCGUCAAUCCGGACGUAGGGACAAACGCUAAAGUGUUACUAAUGGGCGUACUGUUCUUGUUGAUGCACAGUGGUCAGGAAAAGUACGUGCCUUUACCAUUGGGGUCGGACGCUGUGGGAUAUGGGACGAGUCCUCCUUCUUCGGCCUACUCGUCUGAAACUUCUUUAGAUCGAUUAAUGAAGCGGUGAUGUUGAGGAGAAACCGAGUAUUAUAGUAUUUUUAACCAGCCUUUUCCUUGGAUGAAGG